UUGUCGCACCGGGCUCCGUGCCCAUUGGCCCCCUGCCGAAGAAGAGCUUAAGAAUUUCCGUUUGUGGGAUUCGAUUUGGUUGCGGUGUCUUAUAGCGCCGACAGUGCGCUAAAUGUUUUUUUUUUUUUUUUUUUUUUUUUUGGGGGGGGGGGGGGGCGUUGCCCCAGGUACGUCGAUGUGUUUUCCUAGGAGAUGUUUCCUUCCUUUCCUUUCUUGUCGGCUGGCGUCUACGUCAAGAGAUGACGAUCAUCACAUUCGACUCCCUCAUGUAAUCGAUCCAAGUUCAUGGCAUUGGCGGAAGUCACUGGCAUUCAAUCUCCCGAUUUCCGCUAACACACAACACAUAGCCGUUCGUGGUUACUCUGACAUCACGUUGCCGGACUACCCUGACCACUCAGAGUUCUUCACAACCGUCAUGAACCAGCCGCAUGGCCUUCCUAACUCUCCGGAUCUACUUCCAAGCGAUCCAGCGGAGUUAAGCAGCAUGGCCCCUGAAGCCACGAGUGAACCUCCAACGCUGGAGAGCGACCUGCCUGAGAUCACUCUUGCUCCAGCCAAAUCAGAGAGCACCACCGAGAGACGUCCUCGCAAGCGCCAGAAGGUGUCCCACGACAACGCCGAUGAUGACUUCUCUGGUUCUCAGCAUCUCAUGGAGCCGCGUACACGCUCUAGGCGCGCCAUUCCACUCAAGAAGUACGUGGAGGCUGAUUCCGAUGCUGAUUUCGAAGUCAUCCCCUGGACCAACCCAGCAGUCUGAUGCCUUCCGCAAUCCAAAACGAAAGGCAGCCACCCAUGAGGACCAUGGCCCCGCCGCCAGGUCUUCCUCCGGCGCCAGCCGGCCC